AUGUUCGGAUUUGACGACGCUAAGAAUGCCCGUGACGAGCUCUACGAUGGCCAGCCUCACGAGUCGAAGCUGUCCCACGAGUUCAUCGGUGGCGCCGCCUCCUUCGAGGCCAUGAAGCUCUUCGAGGACCGCCAACGCAGUGAAGGCAAGCCGGUCGACCACGCCUUCGCCAAGGAACUCCUUGCCGGCAUCGCGGGCGCCGAGGUCGACAAGCUCGUCGAGACAAAGGGUCUGGACUUUGUAGACCGCGAGAAGGCUAAACACCACGCUAAGAGGCAGGCUGAGGAGUUAUACGACCGCCAGUACGGUGACCAGGACCAGUAUGACCCUAACAACAGCCGCCGCCACCCUUCGAUGGACUACUAG